UCUCAACAAGGAGCUCUCCGUUCCUUAAGCACUCUCUCUCUCUCUUGUGCCCUCUCCCUGUCUCUCCCCCGCGCUUGCUCUCUCUCUCUCUCUCUCUGUCUCUCCUUUCUCUGUGUCUAUGCUAGCAUCCGAGCGCUCAUUUCUCUCUCUCUCACAUUCUCUCUCUCUCUCUCUCUCCCCCUCUGGCAGUUCACGCUUCGCCCGCGGUCCGCUUCGGAGAGGGGCGGCAGCGGAGGCAGGAGAGGAAGUGGAGGAGAAAGGAGGAAGGAGAAAGAAGGAGGAAGGAGGAGAAGGGAGGAAGGACAGAGCCGGAGGGAGGCAGCAGUUUGUCCCAGGCUCCGAUGGCAGGAAGUGGUGCCUCCUCCGACCGGGACUAGGGGAUGCUGAGCGGGGGGAGGGAGGGCCUCUUCGAGCUGGGACAGCAGCUCCAGCAGCAGGGGGAGAACCAGGCCGCCCUGCACUGCUUCCUCAGCUGCCUGCUGGGACUGAGCCACGUGCAGAGCUUCACCUCCCUGCCCAACUGUCUGCACCAGAUCGCGGAACUCUUCAUCAGCGAGAAGAACUAUGGGAAGGCCCUGCAGUUCAUCCAGGCGGAGAAGAUGUUCUACGAGGUGGCUCUGAUCGAACUAACAGGGCCCCAGGAGGAGGCCACGCUGGGCUCGGCCGGGUGGAACAGCGCCGAGGAGGUCCUGGACCAGGCGUCCCAGGCCCAGCACCUGGAGCGGCUGGCCCAGCUCUGCAUCAUGAGCAAGAGACCCCAUCUUGCCCUGGAAUAUAGCGGGAAGGCCACCAAGAUCCACCAGAAGACCUUCGGCCACGACCACCCCAUCACGGCCCGGAGCCUGGAGCUGCUGGCCACCGUCUACGCUGAGAUCGGCAAGACUGAGUACUCAGACUCCCUGGGCCAGUGCGUCUCGGCGCUCUCCAAGCGCUUCGCCACGGCCGAGACAUUCAGGGACGCGGUCAGCAGCAUUCCCUAUUCACAUCGGGAGAAGCGCUCCGAGAUCCGCCACAGAAAAGACCACGUCCACCACAAGGAGGACCAUGAAGACAACAAGGUUCUGAGUGCAGUGAGAGUGCCCACCUCCAUAUUGAAGAAGACUAACUGCAUCAGCUCCGACUCUGAGCCAACUCACCGACGGAAGGGGGAGCGGAGAGUUCGCUUCAGGGAGCCGGAGACGACUGUACACGACAUGCUAUUCUAUGACUGUUUAGGUGCCUAUGAGACGACUCCGGCCCGCCCCCACCUGGCUCUCUUCACCUGCCUGUUCCUGCUGAUGUCACUGCUGGGCGUGGCCAUGUACUGCACGGACCGGCGACGCCCACAGCGCAUGUGUGAGGAGCUGGAGGCCCGGCUGGCGGUCUACCUCCUGCACAUGAAGCAACUGGUCUGGGGCUGCUGGAUGUGGCUGACUGUGCAAUGACUGGGACCGAACACAGGGGGCGACACGGAGCAAGGUGGAAACGUUUUUAGAAGUCAGUGAGAGUCCACACACCACUCAAAGCACUGUAGCUUUUGGGGGAAGACUGUUGUACGAUACACACUAUGAACGGUGAGGAGGGUAACUGCUACCAGGGGGAGUGUAGGCAGAAAGGUAACAUGUGGAUUCCAUGCCUGUAUGAAUAUUUAACUAUGUAGUGGGUAUGCCACACUUUUUAAAUUGUGACGUUUUGCACAUCUGCAAUGUUGAAGCUCAUGUAAUGCUCACCAACUCGCAAAUAUUUUGAGUUUCCUUUUCUGGCACAAUACUCGUAUGCGGGCAAUUGUUUUGAUGGAAUGCAAAUAUUUAUUUGGGCAUUGGACUGUCAUAUAUACACCUGAUGUGAUGCAGAAGAAAAUGU